AUGGGCAAAGAUAUAUCUCUCGGAAGGUUUUGGUGCUUUUGUCGGAUGGUUUACGUGCCAAUGGCUUACAUUUAUGGAAAAAAGUUUGUCGGGCCUAUCACUCCAACUAUUUUGGCAAUAAGAAAUGAGAUCUACAAUAUACCAUAUAAUGAGAUCAACUGGAACAAGGCUCGCAAUUCAUGUGCCAAGGAAGACCUUAUCUAUCGCCCUUCAUAG